CGGUUAUUAAAAACUAAAAACAUAAAACAAAAAUUGAUUAAGUAGAUGCGAAUGUACGAUAAUACGAAAGAAUACCUAUGAUUUUGAAUUUAAACGAAUGUCAAAGUGAAUAUUUGAAACUAUUGAAAGCCUGUGUCAGAAAAUACUGUAUUGUUUAAAUUUGUCUAUAAUAUUUAAUUUUUUUACUUUUUUUUGUACAUAAAGUUUUAUGCUGCUGCAAUAUGGAUAAAGAUUUAAUUAAUUUAAAGAAAUGGUUUAACAACCUAGGUUUAGAAGUUGAUGGCAGUGUUGAAGACGAAGUGCUUAAAAAGUAAUAAGCAUAUUUCAUAUUUUUAACUACCUACACUAUUAGGAAAUACAAUUAAUAUAAUCACUUUAUUUUAUGCAGGUUAGUGCCUCCACAACGUCGAGAUAUGUGGAGGAAUAUUAUUAAACAUGUUUUGCCCAAAGAAGAAGUAGAAUUAAUCAAAAAAUCUAUUUUGUUACAUAAACUUCAAAAACGUCAAAAACCAUUAAUGGUAAAUUAACAUUUUAUUAAUGAAAACAAUACACACUAUAACUAGGCUUAGGGACUUCUAGCAUUUGUAUAUUUUUUUUUUAAUUAUGUAAAAAGAAGCAGAGUCAAAUAGAAAUCCUGUUCAUGUUAUAUAGAAUCUAAAUCUAAAAUUAGAUUAUGCCUAUUUGUGCAAAUUUUAAUCUUUUAGAUUCCGAGCGUAGCGAAUGAGCUAUUGAUUUUACUAAGAUAUUUAUAUUUUUCUUUUUUUUUCUAAUCUGUGGACACGUUUUUUCCAAGUAAACUUGCUUCGAUUUCUUGCACCUUUUCUGAAAGCUCAAGUUGUAUAGAUUGUACUUUAAAGAGGUCAUUUUUUUAAUUUUCGACAUUAUUUUUUAAAUAUCAUGCACCUAAGUGGAAAAAAACGUAGGUAAAUGUACAAUUUCAUGAUUUUACAAAAACACGGACUACGUUUUCUACCACAAAUAAUGAUUUAAUUAAAAAAUUAAUGCCAAAACUUUUGAGACACUUUUGAGAUUUUAAGAAAUUUAAAUUUUUGGAAUUUUUUUGCUGUAAUUGGGUUAUAAAUACACGUAGAGACUUGAAACUUAAUAAUAAUAUAUAUAUUAGACUUACCUAGACGUGGUAAAAUUUUCAAAAUAAUCAGACAACUUUUUUUUAAAAGCAUUUUGAAAUCAAAUUUAAACGAAAAUCGUAAAAAAAAAAAUUACGGCACUUCAAACUAUGUACUACCGAACUAUGCUUGGAAUUGUCUUUCAUCAAGCAAUGGUUUAUUGUUACUUACAGAUAUAAAUGUAAUAACUUUAUGUAUCCUACCUUCCCAACUUCUUACCUACUACAGUGGCUGCUUCCAUCUCCAAUUUAAACUCUUUUUCUCAUAAGAGCAUAUAUUAGCAGAAUGCUUUUAAGUGCUAUACCAGGUAAUUUAUUAAACUUUAGAUUCUCAGUGGAAUAAAGAAAGUAUAUGUUUUAUAAUGAUAUUUAUUUUUUUAUAAUAGUUCAUUUUGUUGUAUAUAAAUUUGGUCAUAGCAUUAGAGGUCCAGUUGUGCUUCUAUCAGGAUAAUAACCAAAUUGAUUUUUAGAUUUAUUUAUUUAUUAUUUUUGCAAAUUAAAUACAAAGCAUAGUAAAUUGGUCUAUAGCUUAAUAUUCUUUUUAUUACUUGUUUUAUAUAAAACAUUUGACAAUUUGAAAUUUUAAUUUAUGAAGGAAAAACUUUGUUUUAAGGAUAUAUUUAUUAUAUAGUUAAAAAGGUUUACAAUGUGAGUUGGUGAUAUAUAGUUUAUUUUAUCAAACUAGUUACUGUUUUAUGUUUAAAAUUGUCUAUUGAUGUAGAGAUUUCUGUAUUUUCUAUUUUUUUUUUUCAGGAAAUUUAAAUUAAAAGAAAAGUUUAACACUCUGUUAAAAUUUAACUGCCAUGUCUUCCCUAACUCUCAGGAAAUAUGAAUUAAACAUUUUUACUGCUGUAAUUAAAGAGUCUUAUUAAAUGUUAAUUCAUAAAAUUGAUCAUUACUUACAGUUAUUAUUUGUUCUUGUUAAAUCAUUUAUUAACUUCCAUAUAAGUUUAGGAUAAGUAAUUGUACUAGACAAUUUUGAUUUAUAGAAAUUUAUUUUCCAUAGCUCCUUGAAUUAAUGUAAAAUUAUUUAAUUAUAAAUUUAUGUAAUAGCAAUGAAAAAUUGAAUUUAUUUAUAAAUGAUUUAAUUCAUACUUAUAGGCAAAAGUAGAAUGUGAUGAUGAUUACACUAAUGCUUUAAAGUAUGAAGAAUUAGUUACAAAAUUAAAUAGUAUCCAGAAGGAUAUUGUUAUUGCUGAGGCAAAUAACACGAAAAUUAAAGAUGAAAUAAAUGAAAAAAUGCAGUAUAAGAAAAAUUUAAUGAAGAAUAUUGAGUUAAAACAAAAUAAAUGUUAUUUAACUAAAUACCAAACUGAAUAUUAUGAAAAGUUUAUUGAACAAUUUGAAGAGCUAUCUAAUAUGUGUAUUCAUUUUUCACCAGAAACUAAUGAAGUUUUAACUAAAACUGAUUAUGAGGUAAAAUUAUUGAAUAUAUUUAACAAAUUACAAAUAUGUCAUGUAAUAUUAAAUAUAUUGUAGGAUUCUUUGAUUAAAUGUUUAACCGAAGUGGACGAAAUUAAACAAUCAGGUAAAAUGAUUGAAAGCAUACAAAUUGGGAAAAAAUUAAGCAAUUUUAUAUUUGCAUCAACUAGUGAAAAAUGCCCUGCUAUUUUGCUCCAAACAAUUGAAGAUAAUUUAAUGAAACACAUAAAUGAAAGUAAUGAUAUUAUUACACAAGCAAAAGAAAUUGUUGAGUGCAACGGGUAAUUAUAGUUUGUUGUUUAUUUAAUUGUAUACUAUUCUCUUAUAAAAUUAUAUGUCCUUUAUAUAUUUAAAGUGACAGUGAAAAUGUAUUUAAUGAAUCUCUUGGGAACAUUUUUCAAAUACAACUGGAGUUAAAAUCAAAAUUAUCUAGUUCAGUAACAGAAAAGAAAAAUACCAUAAAUCAUUUGAAAAACACUACACAGCGAGUUAAGAAUGAAAUUAUAAGUCAAUUUAAAGUAAAUUUUAUAAUUAUAGUAAAUAGAUACAUUUGAUGUUCAUAAUAUAUUUUGGUUUUUAUAUUAAUUUAUAGCUUAGAAAUAUUACAUGUUCUGGUGAUGAAUUACUAGCAUUUCAGAAAAAUGUUGAAGAAUCUUUACGAUUUGUAAUUAAAAACACUAUAGAUUCCUAUGAUGACUCAAAGACAAUACAAUUUCAAGAAAAUAAGGUUUUUCAAAAAGAAUCAUUUAAAAUGAUUGAUGAUAUUUUAAAAAAAACAAAUGAUUUAAAUGAUGAAAUUGUAGGUUGUUUUUUUUUUUUUAAUAUAUUUCACACAUAUAUCUUUGUUUUUUAGUUUCAGAAAAAAGUGUCUGUGUGUAACAUGUUAAAAGAAUUGUACAAUAAAAAAUCAGAUUUUGGAUUAAUGGAUGUAAAAAAUGAUAUGCAUAAAUUAUAUGUAACUUACAUGGACAAAAUUGAUAAUAGUUAUCCAAUUAACAAAACUAUAACUUCUAUAGAUAAUUUUGCAUUUGUUGUUGAAAAUACACCUAAAUUAAUAACAGAUCCAAAGUAUUUGAAAUAAUAAGGUUUAAUAAGCAUUAAUAAAAUUUACAAUUAUUGUGAUAUUUUUUACAGACCAAAUACUAUAUAUUUUUGGAACUUAAAAGUCUUAAAGCAUUAUUCAAAAACUAUUGAAAUAUUAAGUGAAGUAAUGUCUAAAUUUGAACAGUUUCACAAGGUUAAAUGUUAGUGUUAUACAAUACUAUUGAAAUAUUUUGUGCAUACAUUUAGUUAUUAUUUAUUUCAGCUACUGAAAAUAUAUUGAAUCUAAUUGAACAGAAGGAAAAUGUUCGUAAGAAAGAAUUUAAUAACAUUUUGUCUCAAAUGGAAAAUAACAUUUUGGAACUAGAUAUUAUUAUUGAAAAUUGUGAACUCACAGCUGCCAUGGUGUAAGUAAAUUAGCUAUUAACUGUUGUAGUUGUCAUAUAAUAUUUUAAUUUAUUUUACUAUAGGUUAACUAAGCGUUUACAACAUUUAUUUGAAAAAUAAUUGAUGAGAAUUGAGUCAAAACUUCAAGUUGAAAUAUUUUUGAUUUUAUACUAAUCUGUCCAAAAUAAAAGAAAGAAAACAUAAUAUUAUUUCAAUAACUUGUUAAGACAUAAAAAAAAAAAAUGUUCAUUAAUUUUGUAUAGUACUUGAAGAUAAUUAUAUUUUUGGUUUUUAAACAAAUAUUAUCUAUUUAAUAAAAUGUAUUAUUUAUCUACCUAUUGCUGAUAUUGUAAUAAUAUUAAGUAGUAUGUAAAUUACAAAAUUUGAAUGUUUAAUGGUAAGUUCCAUACCUCAGAUUAAUAUCUAUGAUUUAGAAUUCUUAAAAUGC